GAGAGAGAGAGAGAGAGACUUGCAGCAGCAGCAGCAGCAGCGCAGAGAGUCACAGGGACUCACUCACGCAGCAUCAGGGGCGUCUUCAUCUGGAGAGAAAAUAAAUAUCACAACUCCAGGAAAAAAACAGAGACACAUCGACGCAGUGGUGGGAAACACACGCAGGACUUGCGCCUCUGCUGUACGGACCUAAAAUGAAUGGGAUAACUGUGCGUUUACUGGAUUUGGAGUCUUGUAUUAAACCGCUACGACUUUGACGCCGGAGACGCGCAGCAGCAGCAGCAGCAGCAGAGUCUCCAGGAGUUUUCUGUUGGAGGAAUUUCAGGCUCCACGGAUCAAACUUGAGCAGGACAUUCAGGAACCAGUCAGGGAUUAAGCUAAAAAAAAAUAAAAAAUAAUCUACCUACACUGCUCUCACUGGAGGUAGAACAACGCUAGAGCAACACCACCACCAUGGAUGAGGAACAGUGCUACUACAAUGAGACCAUCGCCUUCUUCUACAACCGCAGCGGCAAGUACCUCGCUACAGACUGGAAUACUGUCAGCAGGCUGGUGAUGGGCCUGGGCAUCACCGUGUGCAUCUUCAUCAUGCUCGCCAACCUUCUGGUGAUGAUCGCCAUCUACGUCAACAGGAGGUUCCACUUCCCCAUCUACUACCUGAUGGCCAACCUGGCAGCUGCUGACUUCUUUGCUGGACUGGCCUACUUCUACUUGAUGUUCAACACCGGACCAAACACGCGGCGUCUGACUGUUUCCACGUGGCUGUUGCGCCAGGGCCUGAUCGACACCAGCCUGACGGCAUCCGUGGCCAACCUACUCGCCAUCGCCAUCGAGCGCCACAUCACUGUGUUCCGCAUGCAGCUACACACGCGCAUGAGCAACCGGCGCGUGGUUGUGGUGAUCGUUAUAAUCUGGACCAUGUCCAUAGUCAUGGGUGCCAUCCCCAGUGUGGGCUGGAACUGUAUCUGCAGUCUAAGGUCUUGCUCCAACAUGGCGCCCCUGUACAGCAACUCAUACCUGGUCUUCUGGGCAGUGUUUAACUUGGUGACUUUUGUUGUCAUGGUGACGCUGUAUGCGCACAUCUUUGUGUAUGUGCGGCAGAGGACCAUGAGGAUGUCGCGGCACAGCUCUGGACCUCGACGCAACCGAGAUACAAUGAUGUCUCUGCUGAAAACCGUGGUGAUUGUUUUGGGCGCGUUCAUCAUCUGCUGGACGCCCGGCCUGGUCAUCCUCCUCCUUGACGUCUUCUGCGCCAACUGCAACGUCCUCACCUACGAGAAGUUCUUCCUCCUCCUCGCCGAGUUCAACUCGGCCAUGAACCCCAUCAUCUACUCCUACCGAGACAAGGAGAUGAGCGCCACCUUCAGGCAGAUCCUGUGCUGCCAGCGGCAGGAGAACGUCAACGGCACGGCGGCGGAGGGGUCCGACCGGUCGGCGUCGUCCAUCAACCACACGGUGCUGAGCGGCAGUGGCACGCAGCAGCACCACCACCACCACCAUCACAACGAACACUCGGUGGUAUAAAGCAGAGCUGCACGUCAUGGAGGUUAAUCCGACUGCUUACAGGGGGUUAAUCUUUCGUGGAAACAGUGACUGGUAAUCGGAGGUAUUGAAGGUCAAGAGGGAACUGCGAACUACGGACGUGAUAAAAGUCGGAAUGAAGGAGAGGUCUAGAUGAAGUUUGAUGAUGAUGAAGAAGAACUAGAAGGAGGGCAACUAUGAAGAAAGAUGCAAAGGGACUAUCUCUGUGUUGGAGAAAGAGCACAAAGGGCUAGUCUGAUCUUCAAGGACUCUGAUAGGCUGUUAGUAUUUUUUUUGUUAUUUUCUGUCUGCAUUAAAUGUGCUGUUACGGGCAAUGCUGAUAUGAACUAUUUAAAAGUAAUCUGUGAAAUGAAGGUAAUGCCAGUAUAACGCACCACCCCCCCCAAGUCCUUUCCAACGUUAAUUCUUAUUUUAGGCUAGAACCCAUUUUUCGAAACUUCGAAACCAUAGACACCAAAAGUGGCAAAUUAAUUCAUAAUCCAGCCAAUGAUUACGAAAGGAACGAAUAUGUACAUGUUUGACAUGUUUAGCGACUUAUCAAAAAUGACUGUUGUGGAAGUUACAAGAGGCAUCGUCAGUGUCUUAAACUAAAUACUGUAUUACAGGGAUUCAUCAUUCCACUGGUCUUUGUGAAUUAUGUCCUAUCAGCUUCUUCUUAAACAUAUGAAUUCUCCGGGAUCUGAGAGAGAAACCCCGAGUUGUUUACUCUCUCGAAGGAAUUUAAGACGCGUUGUACCAGGGAUCUGACCAGACUGAGGAGUGAAAGAAGGAGGAGGAUGUUUGCAGUUUUUUCAAGCAGGCAGUGUUAUGUGGAGACAAGGUGAAGGUCAUCGCUGGUGAGUGCUAACAGACUCCCGAGUAUGACAUGAAAUGCGCCGAGUUGUUUUCCUUUCGCAGUUUUAUCGAGGGUCUCUGUGUCCGUGAGGCUGACGUGGAAAGAAAAGGAGGCAGGAUAGUAGUUUUAUGCUGUCAAAUUUAGUUAUUUAAUUUCCAGCAAAUAUCUAAAAAUCCAGAGGUCUAAGAAGGUGAAGUAUUUUCAUCAUGGACAUAGAUUGGAUGGAUGUGAAAGUAAAUGUUGGCAGACUUCAAAUAACUAACUCUGAAUAAGCGUAGAACUGCCUUCAAAUGAAAAAUGGUUUGGUUUUCACGGCUUUAUAAAAAGCCAUUUUACGUAUUUUAGGCGUACUUAUGGCGGCCAUCUUGUGCCGCCAUGUUCCUAAGGCAAUCGCAACGGACAAACUAGCCUGAGUGCGUUUCAAGUGGUGACUCUUUCCUUGCUGUUACGCAAAUGCCACUGUAGUUUCCCGAUGUGUUGCAAUCUGCAGUCUCACCAGUAGAUGUCACUAAUUCAUACACACUUAAAAUACUGUAUAUGAAUUCAAACGCAGCAGGCAGAGCCAAAGAAAAGACCAGAAUUGAUGAAAUCAAUUUUUACUAUUUUUUUUUUUUUUUGGGGGGGGGGGGGCAAAUUUGUUGAGGUACUUUUUUUUUCAACUUUCAGAAUAAAUCGUGUUUUCUUUACGUCACGAAAGCAGAUGGUUUUGGGGAGGAUAUGAUAAUGUUGAUGUUUACUUUAACAUCUUUAUAAAGUGUUUACCUAACGACAACAACAACAUUUCUGUUCGUCAGUUGUGAUUCAUAGAUCUGCUGACGACAAUGACGUAUUACAGUUUACUCAUAUGUUAACACUCAGAAGCCUUUAGGGUGUUUUCUUAAUGAAUGCACUUGGUGAGGAGGGAGCCAGAGUUGAGCCAGUGCCGCAGUGAAUGUGGCGUUACAUUAUUUUCCUGACGUCUGCCAUUGGCUCGUGGGUUCUUUUCCAGCUGCAAGUCAAAUUUGCGAUUUGAUGACGUGAAGUGUUAAAGAAAAGAAGAAAAAAAAAGCGACUGCCAGCUGGAUGUUUUGUCGUGACUUAAAUCAAAACAUUUUUGGCCAGAAUUCACAGACACAGCUUCCACCAGCUGACAGCCCAGGGUGAGAAUCAAAGCCAAAACUUCAGUCCAAUGUUUUACUGGAAGCAAGAUGUUUGUCAGGGACUGAAACCACAGCGCUAACAUGAAGUCAGUUGGCAUUCUUAAUUGUCAAAGUUGUGCAACAUUCUAUGGAAACAAUCAUCAGUUUUUUUUUAAAAAAAGGAUAUAAUUUGCUUUUUUAGCUGCAGGAGUGCCACUUUUUUUGUUUUAAUUUAACUUAAACUCAACCAUCAGUAUUUGACAUUCACUGUCACCAUUUUUUUCUAACCACAUAUUGAUUCAGGUUAUAUAUCAAACCAACUAAACUUUCUGUCUGUGUGUGUCUGUUGUUUACCAGUGAGUCGCUCUUUGUAUACCAUUGUAAGUAUAUGUGUACAGUAUGUGUGUGUGUGUAUAUAAAAUCUAUUAUUCAAAGUUAAUCACCAAAGGUAAAUUUUUUUGUGUCUGUAAAUGUGUAACUGUCAUACUCUGUCCAGAUGUACUGUAGGAUUGUGUUUAUUUUGUGGUUUUUGUUGUGAGCUUUUUUUUGUAUUACGAACCUAAUUAAUGAAUUUCUCGUAGAAUUAUUAACUUGUUUGUGACCCAGAACUAAAUAUCUAUGUGUGCAGUGCCUUCCCAAGAGGAUUGUAACACCAGCUGAAUAUGAAUAGGGAUUUAGCACCCUCUCUGGUUGAAGUCAACAUUGUUAAAUAGAGCGGCCUAACUGCUAGCGUCUACUCUAGCGGUUCCAGCUGGAAGUAGGUGAACAACCACAAACGGCAACAUUAAAAACGUAAUAUCAGGGGAAACAUUAUUGACGAAUCACCAUAGCUAUUUAAAUAAAAAUUCCCAUUUUUCCCCCAAAACAAACC